AUGCCGGAGUUUGUUGGAAUGGAGGCCCCUGGUGGAGUAACUGUACAAGAAGAAAAUCAAGCCGAUGAAGAUAUUGCAUCUAAAGCAAAUGCCCCGAGAAAAGACGAAGAAAGAGAUGCUUAUUCUCUUCAUAAUUCUUCUAUUAGUGGAAAAGUAGAAUCAUCUAAAGCCUCAAAACCAUCUUUGCAAGCCGGUAUAUUAAUCUUAGGGCUUUUUCUUCUUCUAGCAGGUAUUGCUUUAACUCGUAGAAGCUUUAAAGAAAUACAAACAAAACCUUCACUGACUCCUGUUCAACCUACUCCUACUGAACAGCCCUCUCAAGUAGAGGAAGGAGAAGCAAAAGAAACAGGGAUUGCAACUGAUGAUGUUAGUUUACAAAGAUAUCUUGAUACUCUUGUUCAUGACGCAGAAAUAUUAAGUGUCGCUUGGAAAAAAUCUUCUGGAGAUGUGAGGAGAGGCUUUAUAGUGAAUUAUACACCCAAUUCAAAUGACAGAGAAGCUGAAGAAGAAGGGAUAAGGAAUAUGAAUGCACCUACUGUUUUACUAUACGCUCAGGAAGUAGAAAAGAUGCUGAAUACAGGGAUACCUUCACCGCAUGAUGAAGAAGGGCGUUUUGCAUAUGGAUUGCAUGCAAGACUUCUUUCUUGCAUUUGUCGUGCUGCAACUGAGAAAUUAAAGAUGCUGCAAGAAUUAGAGAGAGUGCAUGAAGAAGAAGGGGGCCCUGUAUGUUUAUUAGGUUUAAAAGAAAAUGAUGAUAUUGGUCUACCGCCUGUAGAAUUCUUAGAAAGAAAUCCAGAUCCUUUAGCUUCGCUUGAAGAGUUAUCAGAGCUUUUACCUGGAUCUGUGCCUCCGUUCUCUCGCCCUGAAAUACCUUUAGUAUUAUUUCGUCGUAUGUCUUCAUUAGUAAGCGUAAAUAGAGUUAAAGGUGAAGGGUUAGAAGACUCUCUUCUUCAGUUUGGCGAUUUCCUAAAAGCUUUAAAUACAAGUUUUGCACAACUCGCGUAUGCUGGAGUUGGGGAUACUCCUUCAUAUUCUGUUCCAUAUAGCGAAGAGAUUAUAGAUACAACUACUUUUGUAGAAAGUUUAUUUGAUACAGGUGCUUUUCGCCUAGGAGCAGCAGCUCAGCAUAAAGCUUUUCUUACUCGAGCUGCACAGGGUUGGACGGACUUAGCUUCUUUUCAUCAAUUAGUUAGAAAUCUAGAAGGAAAAGAAAAAGCAGAUGCUGAUUAUACACUCGGGAAGAAACGAAAAACAAGACAACGACUUCUUGAAGUUUCUCAAGACCCGAGUUUAUCUAACUUAUAUAUGCUAUUCAUAUUUCUCUUAUAA